AAUUUUGCUUCCUUCUUACUCAUGUAAUAGGAGUAGCCAAAUAUCCAACGGGCGGGUGCAACUUGACCCGUUCAACUCCAAAUAGUCUGGACGGUGUGAGGCGUGAGCUUCUUCUCCUUCGAUUCAUGUUCUGAAUUGUGGGCUGACUCAACUUUAGGCCGAAUCUGGAAGCAGAUUUCAUACUAAAAUCAGCUUGCCUGUUUUGAGUUUCUUUCAUCAACUUGAGAUCGGGAGCUUUAUAUAAAUCAGGCCAAUUCGAUUAAAGGGGUUUUGGAUUUCGGUACAAAUUUGGCUAAAUCGAGUUAUUACUUGACUUACAGUAGGGGGUACUGCUAGCAAUAAGCAAGUAGAAAGCUGAUGGUCUAAGGCGACUAUUUGUUUUUCUAUGUCUAGAUAUAGUUUUUCUUUUGAAAUGGAUUUUGAUGGAACUUUGAAGGUGAAGACAGAGUGAAGGAGUUGUUAAUAGAUCUGGGAUGCAUUUUGGCAGUAAUUGAUAGAUGGAACCUAAAUCGCCUUCCAAACUUAAGCUUUCGAGCAUGGGAUUUACUCAACAUAAACAGGCAUUGAAAACAACUAUUCUGGUUUUAGUUACAGGGCUCCUAUUGCUUGGUGUCCAUUUUGCAUUCAAAUCUGGGAGAGGCCAUAGUGUAUCUAAAGGGCCAUAUUAUACCGUGGUUGUGGAUUGUGGGAGCACGGGGACCCGAGUGAAUGUGUAUGAGUGGCUGGUAGAAGAAAGUAAUAAGGAAUUGCCUAUUUUAUUGUAUACUUAUCCCGACAAUUCAACUGAGGGUAAGCUUUUGAAAAGUUGUAAGUAUCACUGCCUGCAAACUGAACCUGGUUUGGAUAAAUUUGUUGGUAACUUGUCAGGAAUAAGAGCAUCUUUGGAACCGUUAAUUACAUGGGCAGAACAUAAGGUUCCUGUUGAAAGACAUGGUGACACCCCUAUUUUUGUUCUAGCUACUGCUGGAUUAAGGAGGUUGCCCGUGGAAGAUGCUAGACGGGUCUUGGAUGAUGUGGACGCUGUUGUAAAGCAACAUUCUUUUUUUCAUAAAAAGAGUUGGAUAAGGGUGUUGAGUGGCAAAGAAGAAGCUUAUUAUGGUUGGGUGGCUCUAAACUAUAAAAUGGGUAGCUUUAGGAAUCAUUCAAGGUUGCCCACUUUGGGACUUCUUGACUUGGGAGGUUCGUCAUUGCAGGUUGUUGUGGAAAUUGAAGAUGCAAGAGAAGACACACACUUGGUGAGAUCAAAGUUUGGUUUUGUUGAACAUGAUAUUUUGGCAUACUCGUUACCAGCAUUUGGAUUGAAUGAAGCAUUUGAUAGGACGGUUGUUAUGCUCAGCAACGUGGAACAACUCAGAGAAAGUAGAGUUGGUAAAUUGGAGAUCAGACACCCUUGUCUUAGUUCGGAUAUUGUGCAAAAUUAUACCUGCAGUGGUUGCUUUCAGCCAAAUGCUGGCGGUCAGGAAAAUAUGACCAGUAAAGUGCAGGAAACUAGAUUGUCUUCUGUGUAUCUGGUUGGAGAACAAAACUGGGAGCAAUGUAGAAGACUUGCAAGGGCUGCUGCUAUGAGUACAAGCACACCCGACUCAGCAAGGUGCUCUGAUAGGGGCAGUGAUAUAAUAAACUUGACAGCUGUUGCUCAUCCCACAGCCCACUUUCAUGCCUUAUCUGGUUUCUUUGCUGUUUAUGACAAAUUAAAUUUGAGUUCAAGAGCCACCUUGACAAAGAUUUGGGAGAAAGGCCAGCAGUUAUGCUCUAGAUCAUGGACCAACCUAUCACAAAACGGAUAUUAUGCUUGGCAAUAUUGUUUCCGGGUGCCUUAUAUGGCAUCACUCAUUGAAGAUGCUCUGUGUCUUGGUGACAAAGAGAUCAUUUUUGGUCCUGGGGAUGUUAGUUGGACAUUAGGAGCUGCAUUGGUAGAGGGAGAAUAUUUAUGGCUAAGUACUAGAUCUCAAAUUAGCAUUUCAAACUUUUGUAUGAAGGUUGUAUCCUCACCGAUUUUUGUACUGGUUUCGCUUCUGUGUCUUCUAUUCAUUGUCUACUUUGGUAAAGUGAAGCUACCUAUGAUAGGUAGCAAGGUUGCGGAUAGAGCUUCUUUGUCAGUGAGAGGACAAAAGAUGAUGGAUUAGAAGCUCUGCCUAUGAUAUGUAUUGCCGGAAGUUGGUGCACCAUCGUAUCAAAGAUGUGGUCCAAAUUUGAGUCAGUUCGUUCACGACUCAUGAGUGUGGAAAAAAAUCAAGUGCAGGAUGAGAGUUCAUUACAUAUUUUAUGUUCGCACAUCAUUUUGUAUUAUUGUGAAUUAUAUCUC